UCUCCAGAGUUUUAAGAGAUUUCUUUGACAAUUUUCUCACCGCUCUGUUGUAACCAGCAAACGGAGGCAUUCAUUCUCUGGACGAACCAGAUUGUGCAUCCAAUACAAAUUAUGCACUGUCAAUAUGUUUAAAAUAGCAAUAUGCUUAUAAAAGCAAUUUGCUGAACAAUGUUUGAGUUAUUUUUAUUUGGGAUGCAUGAAUUAAACUAGCCAAUAAACACCAGCAAUACAUCUACAUGGGAAAGUUGCAUGAUUCCAUCUGAAAAACAAUUUGUUGUGAACCAGACAUUCCCCCUAAAUGCCUGUGCACAUAUCUAAUUAAUGGGGAAAAAAAUCUAGACCGCCAUGAAAAUGCAAACUUGAUGAUCUUCAUGCUGCAGCAUUAAGAAAAAGUAGCUCCCGAUAACCCGUGGGAGAAAAAAAGGCACGAGGAUAGCUAGGGGAGAACAACUAAUUAACUUUGAAAUACAUAUAGUAAUAAAUACCACAAUUCGACUAUACAAUAGAAGCAUUUUCUAUCGGAGCUGUGUGUGUUUUUUUGGUUUUGUAUCAAUCCGCCGCACAUCCCUAGCCUGGAGCUACCAUCAACACUUUACACCACGAGGUUUAAUUAGUUUCUUAAAUUUCCAAACAAUUUCUUUCUUUCAUGAAAUACUCAGUUAUGAAACUCAUUCAAGAAAUUACAAAAAGUAGGUCAGAGUCAUAUAAAGUGAUAUCUGAACUUACCUGAACUCACCUUUUAUGAUGCUAGGUUAACGUUAACGAAUGACGUCACUGGUCCCGCCUUCUCAACCUUAAAGGCACAGUACACAUUAAAAAAAGUUUUUAAUCCUAAAACGAAUGAAAACAGAGAAGGUUUAUAAGUUAUAACAAAUUGUGUGAUUUGUAAAUAGUAAUACAAUGUUUUGAAUAAAAAAAAUGUAACAAAAAAUCACAAAAAAACUUUGUUAAAUUUUAUACAUUUCGUUAAUAUAUACAUGGAUGCAGCAAGAUAAAUGUUUGCUGUCCAUAAAGUUCGGGAUUAAAAUUCGUUGCAGGCACUUUGUACAGGAGUCACUUUUAUAUUUCCAGAACAGUUUAUGCGUGCGUGUGUACGUGCGUGUUGGGAGUCAUCAGUCCCACCUCUCGUGAGGAUAGGACACCUCUGUGGCUCUGGACAGAUAACAGAGGCCUGCUGAAUGGAAAAGUGACACAACGUUAACUUGGCCGCUCAACAGGGGGAGUUAACCUGUAGCAAAGAGUUUGGUUAAUCUUGUACGUGGCUGCGGGCCUGAAAGAGCUGCCUGCCCUGCUCCUCUCAGACAGUCUGCGGCUUGGCUUUAACUGAUCGGAGGCGAAACACCUUCAGUCUGGGGAUGAAAAUAUCAGUUUUGUCCAAGAAGCUGUGGUGCGUCCGCAAGCAGCUGAUCAUCCUGCUCACGCCUGUCAUUUUUCUGCCACUGCUUUUUACUCUUCCGGAAAAGGAGGGAAAAUGUCUUUACGUGGUGGUGCUGAUGGCUCUGUUUUGGUGCACGGAGGCCCUUCCUCUGGCUGUCACAGCCAUGCUUCCAGUCUGCCUCUUCCCAACACUGGGGAUUCUCCCUGCCAAAACAGUGUGCCCUCAGUACUUCAUUGAAACCAACUUCCUCUUCCUCAGCGGGCUCGUAAUGGCAUCGUCUAUUGAGGAAUGGGGCUUGCAUCGCAGGAUUGCCCUCAAGGUCCUCAGCAUAGUUGGAGUCAAACCAGCCUGGCUGAUCCUGGGAAUGAUGUUGACUUCAUCCUUCCUGUCCAUGUGGCUCAGCAACACCGCCACAACUGCCAUGAUGCUCCCCAUUGCUAACGCCAUUCUGGAGAGCCUUUUUGGAGACCUGGAAACCCUAAAGCUAAAGUGCAAGUCUCCUGAGGAUUACGACACUGCUGCAAUAAAUGGACAGCCUCCUGUGAAGCUGCACUCACUGCCCUCGGAGAAACAGAUCCUGUCAGUGGAUGGGACGGACGCCACAGAGCAGGCCGACCACUUGACAGCCGAGGAGAUCCGAUCGGAGUCGGAGUAUCAGCUGAAAGUGUGGAAGGGCUUCCUGAUCUGUAUUCCCUACGCUGCCAGUAUUGGAGGCACUGCGACCCUGACGGGCACCGCACCCAACCUCAUCCUAAUUGGACAGCUGAAAAGCUACUUUCCAGACUGCGAUCUUAUCAAUUUUGGCUCUUGGUUUGCAUUUGCGUUCCCUCUCAUGCUUGUGUUCCUGGUUCUGGGAUGGUUAUGGAUUUCCUUUCUCUACGGGGGACUAAACACAAGAUUGUGCUUCAAAAGAAAUGACCAGAGAGCCCAGGCAGAAGCCAGAGCCAAAGCCUUGAUACAGGAAGACUACAGGAAAUUAGGGCCCUUAAAUUUUGCGGAGGGGGCCAUCUCUUUCUUUUUUGUGCUUUUUGCCGUGCUCCUGUUCACAAGAGAUCCCAAAUUCGUCACCGGCUGGUCCGUGUUGUUUAAGAAAGGGUACGUGUCGGACGCCGUCACCGGCGUGAUCAUCGUGUCUAUUUUGUUCUUCUUCCCUUCGCAGAAACCUUCUCUCCGAUGGUGGUUCGAUCCUCAAGCCUCAAACGCUCCUUAUGUGCCUCUCUUGUCGUGGAAAAAAGCCCAGGACUCUGUUCCUUGGAACAUCAUCCUGCUGCUCGGGGGCGGCUUCGCUAUGGCCAAAGCUUGUGAGGAGUCCGGGCUCGCCGCGUGGAUCGGAGGUCACCUCCAGCCUCUGGCCGAGGUCCCUCCGGCUGCAGCUGUGAUACUGAUCACUGCCUUCCUGGCCUGCUUCACCGAGUUCGCCAGCAACACGGCCACCAUCAUCAUAUUUCUGCCCGUCAUUGUCGAACUGGCUCUCCGUGUCUCGGUGAACCCUCUGUACUUCAUGAUCCCGGCCACAGUGGGAUGCUCGUACGCCUUCAUGCUGCCAGUGUCCACGCCGCCCAACUCCAUCGCCUUUGCGUCGGGACACCUGAUGGUGAAAGACAUGGUGAAGACCGGCAUCGUCAUGAACGUCCUGGGCGUCCUCUCCAUCUCUCUGGCCAUGAACACGUGGGGGGUCGCCAUGUUUGACUUGCACAGUUACCCAGACUGGGUUCACCCGAAGAACGCGUCUGCUCUGGUCACUGAUGUGCACGUCUCGUCUGUCCCGUCAUUCAACGCUACCCACUGAUCACACUCUGAUUACGAGCACAAAUAUCAGAAGAUUUUGUGAAGUUUUUAUCCCUGAUCAGGGAUAAAGUCGUUCUGUGGACACCUAUGCUGUUGCUUAAACUCCAGAAGGCUCUGAGAGCUUCAGAUGUCUUGUUUUAUAACGCCCUGAGGAAGUUUAUUGUACAUCUAAGAGUCUUUUUUAGCCUCUAAACCAUCCAGAUUUCAUCCUGUGAACAGAAGUUGGUGCAGCAAGUUGAAAACUGCUGAAUCACUUCAUCUUUUCCUUAAAACUUGACCAGAGAAAAGGUUUAAAAUGAACAAAGAUAGGAUUAUAGCUCAGAAAUAUGUUUUUAUUGUAUAUUUUAAAAACCUGACUGGUACUGCAGAGUGGGCUGCUUGUGUGGUUAUUACUUGACUGACCUCUGCUGGAAGAACGAGAGAGACCUCUGUGAAUAGAAAUAUAUAUUUUGUUUAAAAUCACUAAAGAGAUCAUGUUACUAUUUAAGCAUUCACAUAGUAUUAAGUUACAACACGUGACCAAUGUUUUUAAAUUUUAUCUGUAUUAUCAUAUGAUUUUUCAUGAAUGAAUGUUGUAAAUUAUGUUACAUAUCGAACGGCAUUUCUUCAUCUGUUACAAUGAGAUUUAAAUUGAGUUGUGAUGAUUCAGUCGUCUCGUUUCUGCAUCCGCUUUUAGUCUGUGCACAGCCUUGUGGGUAUUUCUCCUCGUGAACACGGCUCUGCUCCUGAAGGUAACGGGCAGCUGUGAAUUCUUGACAGUGUUUGCUUGGUGUUGUAAAAGCCUCUGAAGUCACGUGGGCCCCACAACAAUGGCUAACUUGUGGAAAGAUGUGUUGGUUACUCAGUGCAAGCAGGGUCGCCGACAAAGGGCCUGUAGCG